GGCACCAGAGUCUCAAUUCCCCUAAUAGGUUAAAAAAAACCCUAAAACGAAUAAUCAAAAAUGUUUUGCAUUUCUGUUGUGAAACUUUCGUAAAUAAGAAAGUCUCAUAAUUUGAUCAUUCCUAUCGAUCACGCAAUGGGAGACAAUCAAGAGAAGAGAUCGGCCCCCGUCAAGUACGACUGGUACCAAACCGAGGCUACAGUGGUCAUAACAAUUCUAGCAAAGAACGUAAACUCCGAUACAACCGCAAUUAACUUUACAAAUGACACCGUUAGCGUCAACCUAUCACUGCCGGACAAUUGCACGCACGCUAGGGAAAUUAGAGUAGCGCACGACGUGAACCCCGACCAGUGCACAUUUAAAGUGACUCAAACGAAGGUCGAGGUGAAAUUAAAGAAAGCGGAAGGUAUUCGUUGGGAACACCUGGAACGCUCAGAGGAUGAUAAAAUACUCAAACAAAUACCGCAGGAUCCCUCCGCUUCGAGCGGGCCCCCGUCGUAUCCCACCUCGAAACCGGGUAAGGAUUGGACGGCGAUCGAACGCGACAUCAAUAAGCAAGAGUCUAGCGAAAAGCCGGUGGGAGAGGAGGCACUAAAUAUGCUUUUUCAAGAUAUUUACGGCAAAGGUAGCGAUGAUGUGAAGCGCGCAAUGGUGAAAAGCUACAUGGAAAGUGGGGGCACGGUACUCAGUACGAAUUGGAACGAAAUCGGUAAAGGACACGUCGACGUUAAACCACCCGACGGAAUGGAGUGGAAGAAAUGGGAUUCGUAAUUCCGAAGUGUACUUCGAUUUUUAUUGUUAGAGUUGUAUUCAGCUUAUAAAAUUAACCAAAAACGCAUUUCAAUAAUAUAAAACCGAGUAAUGCCGCUAUCCCACCUACGCCUAGAAUGAUCUGCGAAUCUGAAGGCUCGGUGCUCGUUACGGCUUUACUGUGAACUAUC